AUGCCCGCAGUAAAUCUCGCAAGACUCCCACUAGGCGAGCAACUCACCCUCGUCCGUCAAGUCCUCGAAACAAACAAAACCCUUCUCAAAGUCCUCUCCCUCGCCACAAAACUGAACCUCCCAAACUGGUACCUCGCAGGCGGCGCCGUUUCCCAAACAAUCUGGAACCACGUCUCCUCGCUCCCGCCCACAACGGGAAUCUCGGACUACGACCUCGUCUACCACGACGACUCGGACCUCUCCUACGAGGCCGAGGACGCCGUGAUCCGCCGCGGGCGCGAGCUGUUCGCGGGCAUCCCCGGCGAAGGGGCUGGCAUCGAUACGUGGAUUACGACGAGCGCGAUGAUUGGGGUGCGGGUGGAGGCGGAUGGGUCGUGGAGGGUGUAUGCGCCGAGGGGGUUGUCUGAGUUCUUUUCGAUGAUUGUGAGGCCGAAUUCGACGGUUGGUGUGCAGGAGGCGUAUGAGAAGAAGGCGAGGAGGUGGAUUGGGAUUUGGAAGGAUUUGAAGGUGAUGCCGUGGACGGAGAAUGAGACGCCUAUGAGGUUUGAUGAGCUCGAGGAGAAGAAGAAGGGUGAGAAGGUGAAGGCCUUGACUCGAAGCGUUUGA